AUGGCCACUUUUUACGGCGGAGGACAGGACGGAAGUGUCCCUUCCAGAAAUAACCCAUUCUACGGCAAUGCCAACCAACCUGAGCUUGUAACAUACCUGCAAGGGUAUUCCGCCGACAACAGCGCGCAGUACGCUGCGGAGGACUUUGAGAGCCCCGUCGCGCCCAAAGCAGACUCGUACAGCGCAGAGUCGCGCAUGUAUACGAGCGGUGCGCAGCACGCACAAGGAAAUUAUGUGCCUUCCACCACCGCGAGCUUUUACCGCGAGUCGGUGCAGCCUGUUCGCCAGCGCGAGCCAUACCCUGCUUGGACUGUGGACCAAAACAUCCCAUUGUCAAAAGAAGAGGUCGAGGACGUGUUUAUUGACUUGGCCAACAAGUUUGGCUUCCAGCGCGACAAUAUGCGCAACAUGUACGAUCAUUUUAUGAUCCUUCUCGACUCGCGGGCCAGUCGUAUGGCCCCAAAGCAAGCGCUGCUUACGCUGCACGCCGAUUAUAUUGGUGGUGAGCACGCAAACUACCGCAAGUGGUACUUUGCCGCGCAGCUCGACCUGGACGAUGCGAUCGGCAGGGCACAGAACGCGGGUCUUGCGCGCGCCGCAAGUAUAGCGCAGCGGUCCAGCGAGUUGAAGCCAGGCGCCAAGCUCCUUGGCUUUAAGUCGCUCGAUACUGCCCGGGCCCGCUGGCGAGACGCUAUGUACCGUAUGAGCGACUAUGACCGUGUUCGCCAAGUCGCGCUCUAUCUCUUGUGCUGGGGCGAAGGUAGUCAAGUGCGCUUUGUGCCAGAGUGCUUGUGCUUCAUCUUCAAGUGCGCAGACGACUACUACCGCUCGCCCGAGUGCCAGAACCGUUUGGACCCUGUGCCCGAGGGCUUGUAUCUCCAUUCGGUCGUCAAGCCACUGUACCGCUUCCUGCGUGACCAGGUCUUUGAGGUGGUCGAAGGCAAGUUUAUCAAGCGUGAGCGCGACCAUGACAAGACGAUUGGCUACGAUGAUGUCAACCAGCUCUUUUGGUACCCCGAAGGCAUCAACCGUAUCCGUCUGUUUGACAAGACGCGCCUCGUCGAUGUUCCUCCGCAGCAGCGCUUCAUGAAGUUUGACAAGAUCGAUUGGAGCCAUGUGUUUUUCAAGACAUACAAGGAAACGCGCUCUUUCCUCCAUCUCCUUGUCAACUUUAACCGUAUUUGGAUUUUCCACAUUUCGCUCUACUGGUACUUUGUCGCGUACAAUUCGCCUAAAGCGUACGAGCCAAACAGGCAGCCAUCCUAUCCAGAGCAGCUCAGUGCUUCUGCCCUGGGCGGCGCCGUCUCGUCGUUUAUCAUGAUGCUUGCCACUUUUGUCGAGUUGCUAUACAUCCCUACCUCGUGGAACAACUCGAGCCACUUGUUUACGCGUCUUGUCAUUGUGGGCAUCUGUUUGGGCGUCACAAUUGCGCCUGCCGUGUACAUCUUUGGAUUCAACAAAGGUUUCGACGGCCCGAAUGCUGGCUGGCGUCCUCAUGCGGCCCUGGCCGUAGCCAUCACUCACAUGUGUGUCUCUGCUGUUAUCACUGCCAUGUUUUCCCUGCUUCCCUCUGGCCGCAUCUUUGGCGAUCGUGUCGCGGGGCGCAAGCGCAAGUAUUUGGCAAACCAGACAUUCACUGCGUCCUAUGCAAAACUCAGCGUUUCACAUCGCUUCUUUUCCCUCUUCAUGUGGAUUCUCGUCUUUGGCUGCAAGCUGACUGAAAGUUACUUCUUUUUGACGCUCUCGCUCAAGGAUCCAUUUGCGGUGCUGGUCACUAUGCGCGUGGUCAAUUGCGACGACCGCUACUUUGGCACGCGUCUUUGCCGUCUGCAGCCCGCUUUUACGCUUUCCUCCAUCAUGCUCAUGGAUUUGUGUCUCUUCUUUUUGGACACCUUUUUGUGGUACGUUGUUUGGAGCACCGUCUUUAGCUUGGGCUGGGCAUUUUACUCGGGCCUCUCUGUCUGGACGCCUUGGUCGGAUAUUUUCCAGCGCCUGCCCAAACGCAUCUACUCCAAGCUUCUUGCCACGCAAGACAUGGAGGUCAAGUACAAGCCCAAGGUGCUCGUUUCCCAAGUGUGGAAUGCCAUCAUCAUUUCCAUGUACCGCGAGCAUCUCUUGUCCAUUGACCACGUCCAACGCCUCCUCUACCACCAGGCUCCUGCGGAAGAUGCGCCGUUCAAGCGUACGCUCCGCGCUCCGCCCUUCUUCUUGAACCAAAUGAAGCCGGGGAACAAGGAGUCGGACUACUUUCCGCCUGGCUCGGAGGCCGAGCGCCGUAUCAGCUACUUUGCACAAUCGCUUACACUGCACAUGCCCGAGCCUGUCCCUGUGGAUAUGAUGCCCACGUUCAGUGUUUUGACUCCUCACUACAGCGAAAAGAUUCUUUUGUCUUUGCGCGAGAUUAUUCGUGAAGAGGACCAAAACACGCGUGUGACGCUGCUUGAGUAUCUCAAGCAGCUUCACCCCGUGGAGUGGGACAACUUUGUAAAGGACACCAAGAUCCUUGCGGAAGAAACGAGCGGUUUUGUCGGCCCCUCGCCAUUCGGAGUGGAGGACGAGAAGGCCAACUUGAAAGGCAACAGCACCAAGACGGAUGACUUGCCCUUUUACUGCAUUGGCUUCAAGUCUGCUGCGCCAGAGUACACGCUGCGUACGCGCAUUUGGUCUUCUUUGCGCGCACAAACACUGUACCGUACUGUAUCUGGCUUUAUGAACUACAACAAGGCGAUCAAGCUCCUCUACCGUGUCGAGAACCCCGAAGUGGUACAGCUCUUUGGUGGUAACACGGAGCGUCUCGAGCGCGAGUUGGAGCGCAUGAGCCGUCGCAAGUUCAAGUUUGUCAUUUCCAUGCAGCGCUAUUCGCGUUUCAACAAGGAAGAGAUUGAAAACACUGAGUUUUUGCUGCGUGCCUACCCCGACUUGCUGAUUGCUUAUCUCGACGAAGAGGCGCCGCGCAGGGAUGGCAGUGAGUCUCGCUGGUACUCUUGCUUGGUUGAUGGCCACUCGGAGAUGCUAGCUUCUGGACGCCGUCGCCCCAAGUUCCGCAUCGAGCUCCCGGGCAACCCAAUUCUCGGUGACGGCAAGGCCGACAACCAAAAUCACUCGAUCAUCUUCACGCGCGGCGAGUAUUUGCAGCUGAUUGAUGCCAACCAGGACAAUUACCUGGAAGAGUGCCUCAAGAUCCGCAACGUCCUCGCCGAGUUUGACACGAUGCACAUGUCGGACGAAAACCCUUACGGCCCGAAGCAUGCCACGUUUGACCCAGCGCAUGUUGCCAUUGUCGGUUCCAGAGAGUACAUUUUCUCUGAAAACAUUGGUAUUCUCGGUGACGUUGCCGCCGGCAAGGAACAGACCUUUGGUACGCUUGCCGGCCGUGGCUUGGCCAAGCUUGGCGGCAAGUUCCACUAUGGCCACCCCGACUUUUUGAACUCGAUCUACAUGGCCACGCGUGGCGGCGUGUCGAAAGCCCAAAAGGGACUUCAUUUGAACGAGGAUAUCUACGCGGGAAUGAUGGUAUUUGGUCGUGGCGGACGCAUCAAGCACUGCGAGUACUACCAGUGUGGCAAAGGGCGUGACUUGGGCUUUGGCACCAUUCUUAACUUUAUUACCAAGCUUGGUAACGGUAUGGGCGAGCAAAUUUUGUCGCGCGAGUACUACUACCUUGGCACGCAGCUUCCUGUCGACCGCUUCCUCACCUUUUAUUACGGCCACCCUGGUUUCCACAUCAACAACAUCAUGGUCAUCUUUGCCGUGCACAUGUUUAUGUUCUCGCUUAUGUUCCUCGGCUCGCUCUACUCUUCCCUCGGCGUCUGUCCCGACACGGGCUCCGAGUUUAUUCUGGGUACUGGUACCUGCUACUAUCUCAAUCCUGUCAUUUACUGGAUUCAGCGUACGGUCAUCAGUAUUCUGCUUGUGUUCAUGAUUGCCUUCCUUCCGCUCUUUUUGCAAGAACUCUCGGAGCGCGGCGCAGUUAGCGCCUUUAUCCGCCUCAUCAAGCAGUUUGUCAGUCUCAGUCCCCUCUUUGAGAUUUUCACCACCCAAAUUUACUCGCACUCGAUCAUCACCAACCUCACCUUUGGUGGCGCGCGGUACAUUGCAACCGGCCGUGGUUUCGCCACUACCCGCAUCAACUUUUCCACGCUCUACAGCCGCUUUGCCGGCCCCUCGAUCUACUCUGGCAUCCGUGCGCUGCUCAUGUGUUUCUACGCCACGUUGUCUGUGUGGAUGCCGCAUUUGAUCUACUUUUGGAUUAGUUUGGUCGCGCUUUGCGUCGCGCCGUUCCUUUUCAACCCCCACGAGUUUGCCUUUUCCGACUUUGUCAUUGACUACCGCGAGUUUCUCCGCUGGAUGUCGCGUGGUAACAGCCGCAGCCACGCAAAUUCCUGGAUUGGGUACUGCCGCCUUAGCCGCACCCGUAUCACGGGGUACAAAAAGAGGCGCUUGGGUCAUCCUUCUGAGCUGCUUACCAACGAUGUUCCCCGUGCGAGCCUAAAAACGCUUGUUUUACACGAGGUGGUCGUGCCCAUUUGCCUCGCCAUUGUCUUUGGUGUUUGCUACUGCUUUGUCAAGAGCUUCCCGGCCAUUUCCCCUGCGGAAAAUGCGGGUCGUGCCAACGACAAGCAGGGCGGUAUUGUGCGCCUGGCCAUUAUUUCGCUUGCGCCCCUUGCCUGGAACGCUGUCGUGCUCUUCCUCCUCUUCAUCACCAGUCUCUUUUUUGGACCCGCAUUGAGCAGCUGCUGCGUCAAGUUUGGCAGUGUCAUGGCUGUCACAGCCCACUUGCUCGCCGUCGCAGGCAUUCUUGCUACUGUUGAAUGGCUCUGGUUCACCGAGUUUUACAACACAGCCAACACCGUGCUGGGUAUUUUGGCCAUGAUUGCCGUGCAGCGUGCCAUUUGCAAGAUUCUCACCGCACUUUUUAUUUCCCGCGAGCUCAAGAACGACGAGACGAACCGUGCUUGGUGGACUGGUCGCUGGUACGGCCGUGGUCUUGGAGGCCAUGCCUUUAGCCAGCCCGCGCGCGAGUUUAUUGUCAAGAUCGUCGAGAUGAGUCAAUUUACUGCUGACUUUGUGAUUAGCCACCUGCUCCUCUUUGCCUUGUCUGUUCCUUUGAUUAUCCCCUUUGUGGACCGUCUACACUCCACCGCGCUCUUUUGGCUGCGCCCAUCAAAGCAGAUCCAUGCGCCGAUCUACUCGCUUCGUCAGCGUGCGCAGCGCCGGUCGAUUGUAUUGCGGUACACGAUUGUGUUUAUCCUUGCAUGGAUCGUCUUCCUUGCUCUGAUUCUGGUGCCGAUCAUUACCUAUACGGCCUUGUAUGAAGAUGACAGGGCGUCCAUGUGCAGUUACUGCUCCACCCUUUGA